AUGCAGUCUUCCCGCUUCCAGUCCAUCACCUCACGCUUCUCCCCGAGCACACUUCGCACCACCUUUCGCCGUUCGUCUUCAGCAUCAUCCCGUGCUAGCAGCGAUCGAGGCUCAUUUGCCGCCGCGUCUUCAUCCCCCGUCAGCACAAUCAACAGUAUCGUGUUCCGCCAGCCCUCGGUGCUCGACCUCGAGGAAGAGCGGAAGAGCUUUGGCAGCGAGCUCAGCAUACUCGAGCCCCGACCGGUUGUCUACUUCGGCAGCGUCGAGGAGCGGAUCGGAUCUGUAUAA